GAUGAGUUUUUGUUUUUUUUUUGUUUGUUUUUUUUUUGAGGGCAGAGAGUAUUAAUGAUCAGGUAAAUUUGAGUGACUAUAUGGUCACUCAAAACAUGGGUUUUAUCUUUGAAUAUUUAAUUAUGUUCUUCUGUGCUGGUUUUGCCUACUUUAAAAAUAAUAAAUAAGGUCUUGGAGGCAUACUUCUGUUCUCCUAGGUGGUAGUCUGAAUUUGCUUCUCUAGGUCUGGAGGCUCUUAGAGUGUCACGUCGUCUUCAGCAGGAUUUUUUCCCUUGGAUUGCUUAUCUAAUGGAGAUGAAGUCAAGGUUGCAGGUUAUUUUCUUAAUCCAUUUGAGACAAUAACAACAAAAACCUUCUCUCUUCAGUAUUGAAUAACAUUUGACUAAACUGUUCCUUAGUGUCCUUAUUCUGUCCUUUCUAAGUUCCUGAUGGUACCCGGAGGAGAUUGGGGAUAGGUUCCUUAGGAGCUUUCUUGUCCGUGUUGCCUUUGUUUAUGUGGAAGGUGCAACAGCUGCUGUGGCUUGUGCAUUUGUCUUAGUGGCUGCUUUACGUAGUCUAUAUUGUGAUAGUUGAUUUUAUCUUUCUGAAUGAUAACUGAUCAAGUCAUCUGUCACUUACUUAUACGUUUUACAGUUAAUUUUUUCCCCUUUGGAUGUGUAUUAAAUUUAGACAUUUAGUUUAGUUUUGUUUCUGUUAAUCUUCACACCAGGUCUUUUCUGUGCUUUAGGUUGACUCUUCACACUGAAACCAUUAGGAAAAAUCCUUGUGGUUAACAGCAGAGGCUUCAGAGUGUAACCUGUACUCGGGCCUAGAAAUUAUUUUAAAUGGCGACUGAUACGUCUCAAGGUGAACUCGUCCAUCCUAAGGCACUCCCACUUAUAGUAGGAGCUCAGCUGAUCCACGCGGACAAGUUAGGUGAGAAGGUAGAAGAUAGCACCAUGCCAAUUCGUCGAACUGUGAAUUCUACGCGGGAAACUCCUCCCAAAAGCAAGCUUGCUGAAGGGGAGGAAGAAAAGCCAGACCAAAGUGAGCAAAAACCAGACAUAAGUUCAGAGGAAUCUGUCUCUACUGUAGAAGAACAAGAGAAUGAAACUCCACCUGCUACAUCUAGUGAGACGGAGCAGCCAAAGGGAGAACCUGAGAAUGAAGAGAAGGAAGAGAACAAGUCUUCAGAGGAAACCAAAAAGGAUGAAAAAGAUCAGUCUAAAGAAAAGGAGAAGAAAGUGAAAAAAACAAUACCUUCCUGGGCUACCCUUUCUGCCAGCCAGCUAGCCAGGGCCCAGAAACAAACACCGAUGGCUUCCUCCCCACGUCCCAAGAUGGAUGCAAUCCUAACUGAGGCCAUUAAGGCAUGCUUCCAGAAGAGUGGUGCAUCAGUGGUUGCUAUUCGAAAAUAUAUUAUCCAUAAGUACCCUUCUCUGGAGUUGGAGAGAAGGGGCUACCUCCUUAAACAAGCACUGAAAAGAGAAUUAAAUAGAGGUGUCAUCAAACAGGUAAAAGGAAAAGGUGCUUCUGGGAGUUUUAUUGUGGUCCAAAAAUCAAGAAAAACACCUCAGAAAUCCAGAAACAGAAAGAACAGAAACUCUGCAGUGGAUCCAGAACCACAAGUAAAGUUGGAGGAUAUUCUCCCAUUGGCCUUUACUCGCCUUUGUGAACCUAAAGAAGCUUCCUACAGUCUCAUCAGGAAAUACGUGUCUCAGUAUUACCCUAAACUUAGAGUGGACAUCAGGCCUCAGCUGUUGAAGAAUGCUCUGCAGAGAGCAGUAGAGAGAGGCCAGUUAGAACAAAUAACUGGCAAAGGUGCUUCUGGGACAUUCCAGCUGAAGAAAUCAGGGGAGAAACCCCUGCUUGGUGGAAGCCUGAUGGAAUAUGCAAUCUUGUCUGCCAUUGCUGCCAUGAAUGAGCCGAAGACCUGCUCAACCACUGCUCUGAAGAAGUAUGUCCUGGAGAACCACCCAGGGACCAAUUCUAACUAUCAAAUGCAUUUGCUGAAGAAAACACUGCAGAAAUGUGAAAAGAAUGGGUGGAUGGAACAGAUCUCUGGCAAAGGAUUCAGUGGCACCUUCCAGCUCUGUUUUCCUUAUUAUCCCAGCCCGGGAGUUCUAUUUCCAAAGAAAGAGCUUGAUGAUUCACGAGACGAGGAUGAAGAGGAGGAUGACUCCUCAGAAGAAGACUCUGACAAUGAAGAGCCUCCACCUAAGAGGAGGUUGCAGAAGAAAACCCCAGCGAAGGCAUCCAUGAAGGCUGCAUCUGUGAAACAGAGAGUGUCCAAGCCUACACCUAAAGUCCCAGCUGCCCAGCGUGGGAAAGCUAGGCCCCCGCCCAAGAAAGCCCCUCCCAAGGCUAAAACUCCAGCCAAGAAAGCCAGACCCUCACCUUCAGUCAUCAAGAAACCUAGUGGUGGCUCUUCAAAGAAGCCUGCAGCCAGUGUGAGAAAGGAAGUGAAAUUGCCCGGCAAGGGCAAAUCCAACAUGAAGAAAUCUUUCAAAGCAAAAAAGUAAAUUUUAUAGGGAAAAAAAAAGGGGUAUCAUGAUAAAAUUCAGAAUCUUAUUUUCUAAGGUCAGUGUGCAUUUGUUUUAGUUUUGAUGCUUUUAAAAAUUACAUUUUUUUCCUCCCCUAUGAACAUUGUGGGGAGGGAAUAUAAAUAAACCAAUAUAGGCAUUUGUUAGCUUUAGGUGCUGUUCUUGGUGCCUGCCCCUUCCCUCAGUCCUUUUAAUUUCUGCGAUAACUCUGGAUUUUCCUGAACUGUAUAAUCUACACUUGUCAUUUUUUCUCCCUCCACCCCAACCCUCUUUUUAUGGUCAGCUUUGGCUUUUAUUUCCCCCCUUCCAGCUUUAUCUAAACAGUUGCAAAGAUUUUUAUAUUUGUAGAAAGCAUCAUGAAUAGGAUGCUGGUCAGGUGCUGGAAGUAAACAAGAGGCGGUAUAUAGCACUGACAAUUGUAAAGCCUUCUGCCUAGAGACUCCAGUUAUAGCUGUAAUAAUUAAUCUUAUUUAUAAAACCACUCCACUAACUCUCUCUCUCCAAUUAUAUAAAUACAGAGACAUCUUAGCUUUGGAAAUAAGCCGAAAAACGUUAUGAUUUCAUUAGGUUCUGAAGACCUGUGACUCCUUUGGGCCACUUUCAUAUUGGUCAAUUUCCAGGUUUUUUUCACUGGCCCAGGGCAUUGUGUUCCCUCAACCGCAAGCACAAAUUCCCUCCACCACUUGAUUUUUGAAGGAGAAAUAUAGGAAUACAUUUAAUUUGUGAUUUCUGGUGUCACCUGUGUUACCAAAAACCAAAACAUAUAAAAUCUUCUUGAUCAAAUGUUUAAAUAUAUUUUUUAAUAUUUGGAGCAUGACUUGUCAUUUCCAGUUUGCCUUUUUUAUAAGGAAAUGUUGGAGAGUUACAUCAUUGCUAAUGUAGAAAUGUUAAGUGGAAAAACAUACAAUUUGCUAAAAUAAACUAAAUUCCAGAUUCAUCUGUGGGUUUUUUUCCCCUCCUUUCUUUCCACAGCACUUUUGAUAUCAAGCAAGUGGCUUCCUUUUUGAGAUAC